GGACGGUGAAACUACGUUCACUAAUGGCGAUCGGCUGCUAACUACUGAAACUUGACGCUCGAAGCAUGGGGGAGUGUUGUGUUUACAUUGCGAGUGCUAUAGUUUUAUGAACUCCAGCGCUUGUGGUGUCAAACCGUGCCACCUGCGAAACCAUUUCAGAAAUUCGUUGGGCCUCAGUUCCCUGAAAUCUUCACCGGCAUCGAGUGUAGACGGCGCGUACUGUGAGACCUCGACACUGUUCACACGACUUCCCAGCCGACUGAACGAUGUCUCGGCAAACUGUGCGGAGUGCAGAUCCCAAGAAAGUGAGCUCCGAGCUCUUCACGCUUACGUAUGGCUCUCUGGUGGCUCAGAUGCUGAAGGAUUAUGAGAGCGACGAGGAAGUCAACAAGCAGUUGGACAGAAUGGGCUACAACAUAGGACUUAGGCUGAUUGAAGAUUUCCUGGCGCGAACAAAUGUGGGCAGGUGUUACGACUUUCGAGACACUGCUGAAAAACUUCAGAUGGCCUUCAAGAUGUACUUGGGCAUAAGUCCAUCCAUCACUAACUGGAGCCCAGCAGGAGAUGAGUUCUCUCUGAUACUUGAAAGCAAUCCACUCACUGAAUUUGUAGAGUUGCCCGAGAGUCAUGCUACCCUGAAGUACAGCAACAUCAUUCCUGGAGUGAUUCGAGGAGCACUUGAAAUGGUUCAGACAGAAGUGGUCGCCUGUUUCGUUCAUGACCAACUGAAAGGUGACUCUACUUCUGAGCUGCGAGUGAAGUUCGUGAGGCGACUGGAAGAUGCCAUCCCUGCAGGCGAGGACUGAAAAGACAGACACUGCCCUUUUGUUUGUAUAAUGGUGCGUCACUUCGUCUACCGUUGAGAAUAAAGCAGCCAUACAUUCCUUGA